UGCGACGGAGCGCAGAGCCGCCUGUACGGUACGGAGGUCGCGGAACGAGGGCUAGAAAGCGGCUACCGUGUGGCCGGGAGGGUGCGCCCGGAGCAAGCUGGCCCAGUGGGAUGGAACCAGGGCAGUCGGCGGAGCACCGAGGAACGCGAGGGUCCCGCAAUAGAGCGCCCCCACGCAUAAGUCUUCAGAUGCUCUGACCUUUGACCCCUGCCGAGUCUUCUAAGCAGCCACAAAAUGAACACGUCCCCAGGCACUGUGGGCAGUGACCCAGUCAUCUUGGCUACUGCGGGCUAUGACCACACCGUGCGGUUUUGGCAGGCCCAUAGUGGGAUCUGCACCCGAACGGUGCAGCACCAGGACUCUCAGGUGAAUGCCCUGGAGAUCACACCUGACCGAAGCAUGAUUGCUGCUGCAGGUUACCAGCACAUCCGUAUGUAUGAUCUCAACUCCAAUAACCCCAACCCCAUCAUCAGCUAUGACGGGGUCAAUAAGAACAUCGCGUCUGUGGGCUUCCAUGAGGAUGGCCGCUGGAUGUACACGGGUGGGGAGGACUGCACUGCCCGGAUCUGGGACCUCAGGUCCCGCAACCUGCAGUGUCAGCGGAUCUUCCAGGUGAAUGCACCCAUUAACUGUGUAUGCCUGCACCCCAACCAGGCAGAGCUCAUUGUGGGUGACCAGAGCGGUGCUAUCCACAUCUGGGACUUAAAAACUGACCACAAUGAGCAGCUGAUCCCUGAGCCCGAGGUCUCUAUCACAUCUGCCCACAUUGACCCAGAUGCAAGCUACAUGGCAGCUGUCAAUAGCACUGGGAACUGCUAUGUCUGGAAUCUGACAGGGGGCAUUGGCGAUGAGGUGACACAGCUCAUUCCCAAAACCAAGAUACCAGCACACACCCGCUACGCCCUGCAGUGCCGCUUCAGCCCAGAUUCCACGCUCCUCGCCACCUGCUCGGCUGACCAGACGUGUAAGAUUUGGAGGACGUCCAACUUCUCCCUGAUGACGGAGCUGAGCAUCAAGAGCAGCAACCCUGGCGAGUCAUCCCGAGGCUGGAUGUGGGGCUGUGCCUUCUCAGGGGACUCCCAGUACAUUGUCACAGCUUCCUCUGACAACCUGGCCCGGCUCUGGUGCGUAGAGACAGGAGAGAUCAAGAGAGAAUACGGCGGACACCAGAAAGCCGUGGUCUGCUUGGCCUUCAAUGACAGUGUGUUGGGUUAGCCCGUGCCCCCUUGCAGGCAGCCAUCAGGCGGCACUGGUUAGAUGUCACUGUUCAGCUGUCCAGUCAGAGAGAACCCCCACAGGGUAGCCUCUGCUAGCCUAGGACAUAACUGAUCUACCCUGGCCACCUUGGCCAGCCUAGAUGGGCCAGGCUGGUCUCCCCUGGGGGCUCUUUUAGCCCCCCGUUUCUUAUCUGGAUGUGACAGGGCUCAGGACGCUGAUACAAGCCAGCCUGACUGCUGCUCACCCCCAAGCCAGUGCUUUUCCCCCUCCCUGCCAGUGACAUGUCCCAAGGCCACAGAGAACACCAUCAUGGCCAGGUGGAGGGGUUUAUUAGCCCCCGCUGGUGGCUGAUUUUCAUGGUACUGAUGACAGGGCCAGCCAGCUGGCUGGGUUGUGGGGUUGGGCAGGCUGGGGGUUCAGUCUGGGAGAUAAUAAAAGCAGACUGACACGCAGAUGUUGCUUGGGAAGCAGAUGUCGAUGCAUAGGUAGAUCAGCCGCUGCCUCCGGGGCCCUGGAGGGGAGGGGCCUCUGUGAACCCCAAAGAGAUCCUCUCCCUCUCCCAGACUGUCCUUGGGAGUCCAGGCCUCUCCCCAUAGCCCCCACGACUCACCCUCUGCUCGACGGGCCCAGUAAAUGGGGAUCUUUGUGCAAAAGUGCCGCACUGAAUCCCCCACCUGGGAAGGGUCCACCUCACGGCUCCCAAGUACUGCCAGCAGCUCCUGCGCAUAGUGGGUAUCCUGGCUGGGGCUGUGAGACCCCUGGGCCUGCAGAGAAGGUUCUGGUGGGCCAUGGGCCAGGGGUUCUUGCACUGCUUUUGGCAGGGCCAUUGAAUCCCUGGACAUGCCAGCCCCACCCUCAGCUCUUGUCAGCAGCCUCAGCAAAGGGAAGAUAGAGCUUCUGUUCCAAUGAAACCAGAGCCCCAGCCCACCCCGAGCCCAGGCUGUACACAGGACCCUUUGUCUGGCCCUUGGCCCAGGAAGCCUGACUGUGCGAGUACGGAGGCCGCUCACCCUUGAGGUGUUCACCAGAAGCUGCAAGGUUUUGCGAUCUCUGGGCUCCAUCAGAUGGAGGAAGCAGGCCCGGUGCUCCGCAGGGCGGUAACAGACAUAGCCCUGGGGACGCAGGCAGGUAAGGCAAGUCUACCUGAACACCUUUUGGCAGCAACCCCCCUCUCCCCACCGGCCAACUCACGCUCUGCCCAUCGAACAGCACCACCCAGCUGUGGUUGCUCUGAGCCGGGGUUACCCUGAUGGUUGCCACAUUCCGGGUCUCGUCCACCUGAGCAGUUUGGUUGAACUCGUACACCCUGGGGCUUGGGAGGGUCAGAUGGAGCAUCUGCAGUAGUGGCUGAGUGAGAAGCCAGAGCUCAGCUGGGCAUGCUGGAGCAGCUCUCGACCCUUUUCCUAACCCUGCUUCUUUAAGGCUUCUGACCCCUCCACUCUUUUGUCCUCUCCCUAUAAGCUCAGCUCUGAGCCCUGGCUUCACUGGAGGACUGGAUGUGCUGGCCUCUCCUCCCUCUUCCUAAUAUCUAUACCCCUUCCCCUGCUUGGGUCCUGAGCAGGCUCACCUUG